AUGUGGGACCUUUACAGAGUGAAGCUGGGGCAGUCAGGGUAUAUUAGUAGACUGCAGAGGGUCCUGAAGGCAAUGUUGACUGAGCUCUGCAAGGUGGAGCUGGCUGAAUUAAAAGAGAAGUGUGAGAAGUGGUAUAUUAAUGGGCCAUCAGAGGAAGUGAAACAAAAAGCUGCUGAAAUGAAAGGUAGGAAAGUAGUGAAGGACUUUCAGAUGCAAGCAAGCCGGAAUCUGGGAAUGUUGAGUUUUGUGCUCACUGCUCAUAGAGAUACAAAUGGAACCAUUUGCGUGUUCUUCCAUGAGCAAAAUAAUGAAGCCGAGUUUGAGCUAAUUAGCAAGGCACAACCCAACUGGCAAAAUGUAAAGAUAUGGGAGGCUUGGGGCAAGUAUGUGCAAACUGAUAUAGAUGGGUCUGUGCCAAAGGAGAGCCUACCAAGCAAGUAG